CCCUUACCGCAAGUGGCGGCAGAAAUUAAGCUGUUGGAAUCUGCGAGGCUUAAACUGGAGGAGGGGAUGAUGCAGAAGCUGGAAGACGAAUACAACAAAUCCUUGUCGAGCUCAAAGAUAAAAAUACAAGACACAGUGGAAAAAUUGUUAAGCAUUUUCAACGACCCGAAUAUGAUCGGCUCGGUCAUUUCUAAUUCUAUCCAGACGUUAAGACGUGAAAACGUGAAGAAACAUUCAGAAAAUGUUCAAACGAAAAAUAACUUGAAGAAAUUCCAAAAGGUUAAUCAGGCAACAAGUGGGCCACUGCCACCACCAGAACUUAGAAAACAUACGUCCUUUCUGGAACAGAAUUAUGUUAAUAGAACGUUUCCUUCUGUGAAGAUAUCGCUUUCCGAGUUAACUGAACCCAGCGUAGAGAUAAAGGAAAAAAUCGAAGAGAUGGAGCAGUACGGGACCGAUGAGGAAGUUGCGAUGUUCGAAAUGGCCAUAUCCGAAUUCUCCAUCUUGACGGACAUAACCAUGCUGGAGCUGGAGAAGCAGAUACAGCUGCAGCUGAACCCGUUUUUUGUUGACAAGAAGGUCGUGCACCGAGCCCUGACGAAGGAGCUGAAGGAACUGGGACAGCGAGAGGAAAAGCAGAAGAUAAAGGAGAAUUUCCAAAGGCAGUCGUCUUUCUUAGAGGAGGGGGAAAAUGAAGAUACGGGCAACAUAUUGAAUGUAAAAAUAAGCCAGACUGAUUACGGGUACCCCACUAUUGACGAACUGGUGAUGCAGAUGCAGAAAAGAAGGGACAUUUCAGAAAAACUGGAGCGACAAAAAAUUCUAGAUUUACAAAUGAAGUUAUUAAAAGCGCAGAGCGAAAUGAUCAAGGAUGCUCUGCAUUUUUCCCUUUCCAAAGUUAUAGCUCAGUAUUCGCCCAUAGUAGAAACAAUGAAGCUAGAGGCUAUGAGAAUGCUUUAG